GAGUGUGUGUUUGACGGAGAGGGUACGGCGGCGUCCUCUGCCCCCCACAGCACUACACCAAGCUGUUGGCGUCGCAACCCGCGCAAAGGUUGAUUCAUUUUCCGACCACGACGACUGCGACGGGCAAGAUUGCCAGUAGUAGUGAGCAGCGACGAGGACCGACAGCACCCCCUGCUGGCGUGAAGUUCUGAGAUCGACCGCUGCACCGCCGCGUGCUCCAGACGAUGCAGUCCGCGGUGCUGCUGCUGCUUGCCGUGCUGCUGCCGGUCGCGCUGGCCGCGCCGCCCUACCCCCUGGGCUCCCCCGUGUAUGACUCGUGGGCUAAAUGUCUCAAGGACCGACAGUGCGGUGAGCCGCAUCAGGGGAACGUCUGCGAAGUAGGGUGCAGCGAAGGCGACGAGAAGUGCAAGGCCGUGUGCGGCUGGAACUGCAUCCGCCACUGCGCGGGGCUGCCGACGACGGCGACGGACUGGGAGGACGUCAAGGAAACGCGCGACCUGGUUAUACUGUGCGUCUUCGAGAAGCAGAAUGGGUGCAGCAGUCAAGAAAUGAAGUGCCGGGACGGCUGCAGGUGGUGGGAUUUCAGCUGUAGUAAACUCGCAUGCCGUGUCGAGUCAAAGAAGUGCCUGACAAAGAGCGGCUACGACUGCCACUACGCGGUGGCCAACAGGAGGAGUAGCACCAGCGAAGCCGUCGUGACCAGCUCGACCCAAGCCGUGAAAAGCUCCACGGACAAGGAAUGGACCUGGCAGAAUUACGCGGUCUGUGUAGAUCAGAGUUGCGACCUCGUCCGCUCCAGCGCUCCAGAGUUCCAGGCAAUCCGCGAGGCGAACUGUUCCUGCAGCUGCAUGGGCCUCCCCGGCGGCGACCUGGAGGCGUACGCCAGUGAGGCGGUGCAGAGGUGCCUCGGGGACUGCGGCGACCAGGAGACCCAGUGCGACCAGAGGUGUCGGGGGCAGAGGGAGCUGGAGAAGUGCCUCGGGGAGUGCAGCCUGCGCAAGCACCAGUGCCAGUGCGAGUGCAAAGACCCAAGGAAACAUGAUACAACCCAAUCAGUUUUGGAAUAAACAAAAUGUAUUUUCUCAAA